GGAGGUAGGAUCCCCGCCCCAACUCCGAAGGCGGUCCGUCGGCGGGUUACCUGUGUCUCCGAUGAUGAUGUACUUGAAGAGAUAAGCAAAUCUUCGCUGGAUCGGCUGUACCGGACGCCGCCUCUAGGGCCACCCAGUGCUCUUCUACAUGCCAUUAUCCCACCAAGCUCCAGGGGGCGACAGCGACCCUUCGGGCAGCUGGGAUCGAGACUGGUUGCGUCCCUGACUCGGUCCAAUCAUCGGAGAGCGACGCUUUCUCCUUGAGGAAGUGACGCGCUCGGAACCUAGUGGGGGCGGUGGGAGCGAUGCGGACGCGGAGACGCUGAGUCGCUGGUAGUGGUGCUGUGAAGAUGGAGUUUCCCGGAGGAAAUGACAAUUACCUGACGAUCACUGGGCCCUCGCACCCUUUCCUGUCAGGAGCCGAGACAUUCCAUACACCAAGCUUGGGCGAUGAGGAAUUUGAAAUUCCACCUAUCUCCUUGGACUCUGAUCCCUCACUGGCUGUCUCAGAUGUGGUUGGCCACUUUGAUGACCUGGCAGACCCCUCCUCUUCACAGGAUGGCAGCUUUUCAGCUCAAUACGGGGUCCAGACAUUGGACAUGCCUGUGGGCAUGACCCAUGGCUUGAUGGAGCAGGGCGGGGGGCUCCUGAGUGGGGGCUUGACUAUGGACCUGGACCAUUCUAUAGGAACUCAGUAUAGUGCCAACCCACCUGUUACAAUUGAUGUACCAAUGACAGACAUGACAUCUGGCUUAAUGGGACACAGCCAGUUGACCACUAUUGAUCAGUCAGAACUGAGUUCUCAACUUGGUUUGAGUUUAGGAGGUGGCACCAUCUUGCCACCUGCCCAGUCACCUGAGGAUCGUCUUUCAACUACUCCUUCACCUACCAAUUCACUUCAUGAGGAUGGUGUUGAUGAUUUCCGGAGGCAACUUCCCGCCCAGAAGACAGUGGUAGUGGAAACAGGGAAAAAGCAAAAGGCUCCCAAGAAGAGAAAAAAGAAAGACCCAAAUGAACCUCAGAAGCCAGUCUCUGCGUAUGCAUUGUUCUUUCGAGAUACGCAGGCUGCCAUCAAGGGACAAAACCCAAACGCAACCUUUGGGGAGGUAUCGAAGAUUGUGGCUUCCAUGUGGGACAGUCUUGGAGAGGAACAGAAGCAGGUGUACAAGCGGAAGACUGAGGCUGCCAAGAAAGAGUAUCUCAAGGCACUAGCUGCUUAUAAAGACAACCAGGAAUGCCAGGCUACUGUGGAAACAGUGGAAUUAGAUCCUGUGCCACAGUCACAGACUCCUUCCCCACCUCCUGUGACUGCUGCUGACCCAGCAUCUCCAGCACCAGCCUCAACGGAGUCUCCUGCUUUGCCCCCUUGCAUCAUAGUGAAUUCCACGCUUUCAUCUUACGUGGCAAACCAAGCCUCUUCUGGGCCUGGAGGUCAGCCCAAUAUUACCAAGUUGAUUAUUACCAAACAGAUGUUGCCUUCUUCUAUCACCAUGUCCCAAGGUGGAAUGGUUACUGUUAUCCCAGCCACAGUGGUUACCUCCCGUGGGCUCCAGGUAGGCCAAACAAGUACAGCUACUAUUCAGCCAAGCCAGCAGGCCCAGAUUGUCACCCGGUCAGUGUUGCAGGCAGCUGCAGCUGCUGCUGCUUCCAUGCAACUGCCUCCACCCCGACUACAGCCUCCUCCGUUGCAACAGAUGCCUCAGCCCCCAACUCAACAGCAAGUAACCAUUCUACAGCAACCCCCUCCACUUCAGGCCAUGCAGCAACCUCCACCUCAGAAAGUUAGAAUCAACUUACAGCAGCAGCCACCACCUCUGCAGAGCAAGAUUGUGCCUCCACCCACUCUGAAAAUACAGACUACUGUGGUCCCUCCAACUGUAGAAAGCAGUCCUGAGCAGCCUAUGAACAGCAGCCCCGAGGCCCACACAGUAGAGGCAACCUCUCCUGAGACAAUCUGUGAAAUGAUCGCAGAUGUAGUUCCUGAGGUGGAGUCUCCUUCUCAGAUGGAUGUUGAAUUGGUGAGUGGCUCCCCUGUGGCACUGUCACCUCAGCCUCGAUGUGUGAGGUCUGGUUGUGAGAACCCUCCUGUUGUCAGUAAGGACUGGGACAACGAGUACUGCAGCAAUGAGUGUGUGGUGAAGCACUGCAGGGAUGUAUUCUUGGCCUGGGUGGCCUCUAGAAAUCCAAACUCUGUGGUGUUUGUGAAGUAGCCUUCGUCUUCUCCAAGCCUUGAAGAUUCAUCUGCUGAACACGAGUCCAAAAGCCUGUUUUUUUGUUUUGUUUUGUUGGUUUUCCAGACAGGGUUUCUCUAUGUAGCCCUGGCUGUCCUGGAACUCAUUUUGUAGACCAGGCUGGCCUCGAACUCAGAAAUCCACCUGCUCUGCCUCCCAAGUGCUGGGAUUAAAGGCGUGCGCCACCACCGCCCGGCCAAAAGCCUGUUUUUUAAACACAAACUGGGCUUCUGUAGUGCCUGACCUUUACCCAUAGUCCUUCAUGCCUCCAUCUCCCUUUUCUUUCUUCAGCAGAGGCCAGACUAUGUAGCAGGGCCAGCAAAUUCACUGUAAUUUAGAAUUGCUUUUUACUCUCAACUGUAAGCAAAAUUACCAGCUUACUAGCAAGCACAGGGAAGAGUGAUGGGAGCAAAUCAUAGGGGUCAUUAGAAGAAACAUACCAGUAAAACGGUCAGACAACUUGCCUAGAAUGUCAUUGGGCGAGUGCUUUGCUUUGUUCUCGGCAGAAAAAGCUCUGGGAGAAGAGAGACUUAGGGUUUCAGCUCAGUGGUAAAGUGCACUGGGUUUAAAUCCCAAGUGAAGGAGGAAUGAAAAUACUGAUUUAAAAUAAAAUGUGUGAUAGCCCUUUAAAAGGGAACUAUUAUUGAUAUACACAGUGCUAUUAGGAGGAAGGUUUGAAGGCCUGGGGUUAUGGCUUAGCACUAUAAAGCUCUGAGUUCAGACCCCAGGCUGGAAGAUCAGGAGUUCAAGGUCAUCCUUGGCCCACUAGUGAGUUUGAGAACAGUCUAAGAUGCAUGAGGUAAAGGUUUUACAGAACAUGGUGGCCCGUGCCUUUAAUCCUAAUACUUUGGAAGUAGACAGGAAGAUUUUUGAUCUGAACUUAAAUCAGACUUUGUCUCAAAAAAUAGACCGGGUGUGGUGGCACUCCCCUUUAAUCCUACAACUUAGGAGGCAAGAGGCAGGUUGGAUCUCUGAGCUUGAAGUUAGCCAGGAUUACCUAGUGAGAUCCUAUCUUAAGGUCCCCCUCCCUGCUCCUGACAAAAACACACAAAUUCUGUUUGUCUCAGUCUUAGCACAUUGGGCUAGAGGGGAAACGACAUCAUCCAAAACGAUCUUUUUCUGUACAAGUAUUUCUUUACCUGACUUGGUUACCAGUUUUGCAUGUAAGAAGCAGAACUCUAUACCCCUAAUAAGAGGUUUUACAAAGUAAAGAAUCUGUGUUUGAUGAAACAUCUUUUAAAUGUGCAUUCAUUUACAUAAUGCAUAGGCCAAUUUUUUAUAUUCUAAGCUCUAAUUUUAAUUGAAGGUACCUUGUUUUUCUUAGAAAUUAGCUACAGACUAAUAAACCAGCAAACGUACAUAGAAUAAGCAAAAGUUUAGAGUACCAUAUGCAUGGUAAAAUUCAAAUUAAUCCUGUUUAUAGCAUAUUAAUUGCUAAGCACUGUGAACCUGUGUAGUCUUUUCUAACACGCUAGGUAGCUAACAUUCUUCUUUUACUUAUAAUGAAUCACGCUAAAUAAGAGUAGCACAAGGACACACACUAAGUGGAAAGCCAUAAUUUCACUUCAGAAAUUCCAAUUAUAAUACAAACUUUUAUUUAUUUAUAUACAGGGUAGGGGACACUAUUGCGUAAACAGUCCUCUUAAGGUGUGGCCUGUAGCCCAUGGCUCUGAACGCUUAGCUUUGUAAGGAAGUGCGUCUAUAAAUUCUUAGGUUUAGAGAUGAUGCCGUCCGGAUACCUUUGCUUAAACCUGGCAACCACAUCUGGGUCUAGUAGGUGUAUCCCAUCCAGUUGGUUUCCAAGAGUAAUCCUAAAACAAGGGGGAAAGAAGAGGCAAACCAAAAAUCCUGUAAGGGCUUAAUACUUAAAAUGUUCUACUUUCUGGUGAUACCUAUCUCAGGCUGUCCUGGAACUAACUCUCCAUGUAGACCAGGCUAACCUUGAACUCAGAGAUCUACUUGCCUCUGCCUCCCAAGUGCUGAGGCUAAAGGUGUGCUCUACUAUGCCCAGUCCACGUCAAUUUUUUUGGUUUGGUUUGGUUUGGUUUUUGAGACAGGGUUUCUUUGUAUAGCCCCGGCUGACCUGGAACUCACUUUGUAGACCAGGCUGGCUUCAGAAAUCCACCUGCCUAUGCCUCCUGAGUGCUGGGAUUAAAGGCAUGCGCCACCACGCCCGGCCUACAUCAACUUUUAAAAAGAUCAGAGCAAAUAAUAUGGCAGUGUCAAU